ACCAAUUUUCGUCGAUUCCCAGCCGAAAACCGGUUGAUUCUCAACCAACCCCAACCCCGACCCUCACAGUGUUCUUUUCCUUCAACCAUGGCAAGCCUCUCAGUGCCUCAGGCGUGAACUACUACUUCCUGGACUAUCUACCACAACGCUUGCUAGAGAACGAGAUCUACAGCAGUCAGAAUACGGAUCUGGCAAAGGCAUGUUGCCAAAAGCUGCGUACGGUGUAGUCAAGGGUGCUGGAAAACCGGAAGGAUUCGAGCCAAAUGAAUACAAGGUCAGACUAGUACCAGGCGAGACCACCGACUUUGAUCACGAAGAUGCGUACAACAUUACAGUCACCUGCCAGCCUUCGGUGCUAUUCGGAAUGACUUUUGCACAACAUCCUGACCGGUGGACGGAAUGCAUGGUCACUCCUGCUAUCAAACGCGAGAUCCUCAGUACACCUGGAUACCCCAAACCUCUCAAUCGACCCCCAGUAAAACGGCAACAUAUCGCUCAGUCAUCUCAUGGAGGCUUAGGAGUGUUCGCAACCGUUGAUCUGAAAGUCGGGGAUUUGAUUUUCAGUGAGCGAGCUAUCAUGAUCUUGUCCCCAAAGAUCUAUAUGCCGUCAAAUUUUCCGGCCCACUUCACGACUUUUCAAAUGCAGCAGGCAGCUCUUUGUCAAAAGGAGAAGCAGAUCGAGCUUGUAUUUGGGAGGUUGUACACAGAGCACAAGAAGGCUUACAUGGCGUUGUGGAACAGUCAUAAAGAAGAUGGAAGUGGACCACUCUUGGGUAUUUUUAGGACGAAUGCCUUUCGGGUUGAAUGCUACGAGGAUGACGAGCAAGACGCAUAUGUGGGGGUUUGGAAUGAAGCGUCAAGAUUCAAUCACAGGAAAGUAUACUCCCUGACUCAAACCCCAACGACAGAUCGCUGAAACAUUUUCGAAAACAGCUGCCGUCCUAACACAAUG